UUCCUUCUGGUCCACCAGUGUCUCCUCAGCCAGUUGCUCAUGUCUGCAGUGGUCAGCUGGUCUUUGCCCAGUGAAGCUCUGCAGCUGAUGGAUGUUUCCUCCACAUGACGUCUCUGCUCUGACCGAUGACUCCGGCUUUCAAGUGAAGACAAGAAGAUAAAAACCUCCCCCGCUCGCUCUCACUCUUUUUUUAGUUUGUGCUGACUUGUCACAGCACGGUUUGAUCGACCAGAAGAGGAACCAGACGUCGUUCCUCUCGCCACAGAGAUGGUUGGUGGUCGCCUGCGUUGCCUGAGCUGCUUCUUCACCCACAGCGAGCUGCUUCUUCACCUGCUGCUUCUCGGGGUCUGCUUACACCAUGUGGAGGCUUCAGGCUGUGAGCUCACCGUCCAUAAACAAGUUGGAGACACUGUGGAGUUUUCAUCAUGCUUGUCACCUGGUAUUGUCACCGUCGCAGAAUGGGAAUUUAAUAAUUCGUUAGUUGUAGACAAGAAAAACGUAACGCACGAUCUCAGGUUUAAAGGCCGAGUCAAGUUGAACCCCCCCAACUACAGUUUAACAGUGAAGAAACUGACUCUUCAAGAUUCUGGUGAUUUCCUUUUUAUCUCGGAGGUAAAUGGUAAGCAAAUGCCCACAGUCACCAUCCGUCUACAUGUUCAAGGUAAGAAGCUUUUCCUUUUGGUCCAAACACCUCUGGUGGAAUAUCAGGAACUGCCAUUGCUUCUGCACCUCUGUGCUUCUGGGAUUCAGUUCAGCUUCAGGUUCAGAGAAGAGCUCAACAACCUCCACCUGCUCAUGAGAGGUUCCAGGUGUAAUGUCUCUCUCUCUCCUCGCUGCACAUCAGAACCCUCGACUCCGCCCGACAUCAGCUUCAACUCCACCUUUCAUCCUUCAAACGAAUCCUGCACAGUUUGGCUAGAGUGCCUUUCCACCCCCGACAGCAACGUCCACUACAGCUGGAGCGUGAGGAACCAGACCCUGGUCGGCCCCAGGCUGAGGUACACCAUCAGGCCACAGGACGGAGGCACCAACUUCACCUGCACCAUCUCCAGCAGUGAGAGCUCCACAUCUGAAACAGUGACGUGUGUCAACAGCAGCUCGGACUCAAUAAGCUCUUCUUCUUCGCGGGGGUUGGCGGCAGGAGGAGUUCUGAUUGUCGGCCUCGUGGCAGUUAUCGUUGUGUGUCACUGCAAACAGAGACCAGCUGACCAGGACUCCACCGACCUGACGGUGUACGCUGACAUCACUGAAGCUGCUGAGGAGUCAAACGUCCCGAGGACAUCGAUGAAGUGCUCGGUGUAUGAAACCGUUGGGGACCCUGUCAACGCAGUGAAGCCUGGGCCUCACACUGUGUACGACAAGAUUCAGCUUGGUCGUAUGAAGGCGGCGCCGGUGUCCUUGUACCAGGACGCUCAGGGGAUCAGGCAGUGAACUGGGAAGCUGACACUCGAGCUCCACUUCCUCGGCUGCAGCUUCUCUAGAAUCUUUUAUUUGGGUCCUGAGAGAUUUUUGCACCUUGUGUUUAUCAGGAUUUUAUCAAAGUAUAUUAUUAGAACCAAUGAAAUGCAAUUUAACUUAAAAGCUAAAUAAAUUAAAUCCCAUAUCAUGUGAAAUCCAUAAUAAGUGAAAUGUGUGUUAUUGAAAUUCAAUCCCGUUGGCAGUGCUGUAAAUUCUGUAAAUACAGAGAAUAUAUAUUUGAAGAAUGUUUUGUGCUUAUUUGCAUUUCUAUGAAUAAAGUUGGCUAUAUUUGC